AUGGACAUCAGUAGCAUAGAAAGCUUACUGCAUACCAUUGAACAUGGUCUCAACGAUUUGAAUGAUGAGGAAUCGAUUGUUCGGGCAAUUGACCGAUUUCAGCAAGAUCCCCUCACGCUAGAUCAUAAACUACCACAAUUCAUCGAGUUAUUAACUCAAAACAUUUUUGAUAAAAAUGAGAGUCAAAUGGCCUCGACCGCACUCGUAUUUUACACUUUUUCAAAAGUUUGUACGGUGCGAAAAAUCAUGAAUCAUUUGAAAACCGAUAUCUACCUUCUUCCUGGGUUUUUAGAACUGCUCCAAAGGUCCUCGACUGAUUAUAAUUGGCAUGUCACUUAUAUGGCUUUAGCAUGGGUGAACAUGCUCGUCAUGUCCCCCUUUAAACUUCACAACGAUAACGAGAUCUUUCAUGCCACAGCUAAAUAUAAGUCAUCGCAAGUGUUACACCCGGUAGUGUCUUCAUUACAUUCCGAAUUGUUUGUAAAAAAUCACGACCUGUUCCUUUAUGAUGUUCAAAAUAAUGGUUUCGAUCUGUAUUCUUUGAAUUUUACUUUGAAGUCCAUGGUUCAUAAUAACCAAGCCUAUGAUAUUGGCUUUUUAGACGCAUCGAUGCUAAAUAACAUAACAAGUUUCUGCUUCGAGAGUUUCAAAAAUGCGAACGAGAGUGAAUGUAAGCUCAUUUUAAAAAUCCUGCCUAAAAUCUGCAAGCUGUUUGCACUAGGAGAGGAAUGGGAACAAAUCGAAGAUAUCGUAACAUGGUUUCUAAAUAAUCUCAAUACACCCUUCACUGAGCUCCGUUUCAAGAUUGCCAGAAACUUUGCCAAAAUUGUUUUGCUAAUUCAUCAACUAUCAGAAGAAAUGUCGACCGAACUGGUUGACAUGAGCAUAUUAGAGGUAUUAUCUAUCAUCCACAAUAACAGCAUGGAAACAGUUGAUGGCGAUGUUUUACACGUUUUAUUAUUGAUAAUUGCUGAAUUUGCACGGUGUAAACUUCUCUCUUCUAAAUCAACGGACAUAAUUGUGUCCUCAGUGAUACCCUAUACUAUACUCUUUCAACAGUUAAGAAUAACGAAAAUUCAUGGACACCAGGUUCGAGAUGCCACAAAUUUCAUCUGCUGGUCUAUGACAAGAAACUGCAAUAUCUCAGCCAACGUUGAAAGCUUAUUUCUUCAUCUACUGAUGUGUUCAAUGGUGGACCAUGACUUAAUAAUUCGAAAGUCUGCAAAUGCAGCUUUACAAGAACUUCUCGGGAGAUAUGGGCAUCAUAUCUUGGACGACAGAACAAUCGUUGAGAUCAUCGAGUUGCCAGUCGGAAACCUGCGUAACUCCUUUUUUCAGAAUCUAUCGACUCUUAUAGAUCUAUUCCAUGAUAAAUAUGGAAAGUAUUUGAAUUUCGUCCUUGAUUGGGUCAUCAAAAAUAGCAUUCUCUGUAACCACGAUUUGAAUGUGGCGAAACUGGCUUCUAAAGCUCUCUCAUCGCUACUACAGAAUAUCAUCUCAAAGGGAGUGCUUCGUGACAGAAUCCACAUGGGGGCAACUGAUUUCUUAGCGAUAAAAGAGCACCAAAGUUGUAUCAACUAUUGCAAACUAAUUUAUCUUGCUACAGAAACUAAAGUUCUUGAGGACAGUAAGCAACUAGAAGAUGUAUGUUUCAAAGAGUUCUCAUCACUUGCCAAAAGAUCUACAAACAGUGCAGCCGCUUUUAAAGAAUCCUUCAUAGGCAUAUGCUUUGUGAAAUAUAUCAACUAUAUGUUGAUCGGACGUGAAACAAAAUUUAAGUUUAGCAAUGAGGUCGUUGAUUCUUUUUUCCAUAUUGUAAGAUCAGUGGGAGUCGAUGAUACUGACUAUGAAGAAAUGAAGACCUUGUGCCUGCCGCUAAUUUCCGUUCUUUCAAGUGAUGAUGACGUUUACGAAGAAGGUGUUAAACACAACUUUGAGAUUAACUUUAGAAAGUUCUUAAAAUUCAACAAUGCACUGUGCGCAGCAGGUCUGGCUUAUACAACUUCUUUUGAGUUCUCACGGACGCUCGAAAAAUGGUGUCCUCACAUGAAUUGCGAGUCACGUUCACAGCUACUCAAUUCCCUUACAAAUCGAUUACAUGAUAUUGUCAUGGUUGGGGGGAAUAAAAUUCUUUUUCAGAUUGUCCAAUUAUUAGAUGACUACACCAUAACGAAUCAGGGGGAUAUUGGAAGACUAGUACGAACAAGUGCAGCAAAAGCCAUUGACUCGAAUUUCUGCCUAUUCAUGAGGAACGGUGAAGACCUGAUGAUCGAUGCUGGCCAAAAGCUAUUAAGACUUGCAGGAGAACCACUUGAGGAACUUAGACUUCUAAGUUUUUCUAUCUUAUGCCGUACUCAUAAUUAUACCGCGAAUGCCGAGUGGAGCUUUAAUCGUUCAAUUCUUCAUUUCCAACAAGAAAAAUACAAUAGCAAAAAUCAGGAGUUCUGGAAAGGCUAUUUAACCUCCGCUGGUGCUGUACAUUCUACGGAGCAGCAGAUAACGUCCUCCAUCGAUUGCUUCUUAGCAUUUUACGAAUCUUUAACUGAAUGUUCCAGAAAUGACCUAGUUAAUGAUCUUGUGCGCAUCAUACCAAACGCCACGAUGCUCAAAUCAUGGCAACAGUCCAAAUUUCACACCAAUUCAUUGGGCUGCCAGCAGAAAGACUUGGUGAAACAAACAAUAACUUGUCUACUGUUCUGGCAGCGUAUUUUAGAGUCGAAUAUAUCUUUAAGUGGAUCACUAAAUUUCGAAGGAUUCUACGCCAGGAUAUAUAACUUGCAUCUUUUGAAAAGCCAUUCGGCAGUGAUUAUAGCUUCAAUCCAACUGCUCACAUUGAUAGCGCUGAAAGCUGUCGCAGUACGUGGAAAUACUGACUACUCAUUGGUGAAUAACUUGAUAAAGCGUCUCUGGAAACUUGCAAACGUUGAAAGCGGUGACACAAAAAACUUCUCUAACAUGCAGCAGACGUCUAUCACGGCUCUCGCAACCAUUUAUCUAGAAACUCAGGAGAUGACAAGAGCGAACUUGCUUCAGAACUGCAUAACCAAAGGCACUUUUCAUGAACUUAGUGUAGAAGAUCUUCUGAUAAAUUGA